CAUGAUGGCGGUUGAUUUGACUCCAAGAUUUAGAAGGAUAAAUAGUCAAAGUCGGACUUUACGUGGAGUUGCUGGAACAGGAUUUUCAGGUCCUUUUCGAGCUACGCAGUUAUGGAAGAAUAUUAUUCAUGCUCUCCAAACUCAGGUGGAGGUGAAAAGACGAAGGCAACACUUGAGAACAUACAACGAUUGUUUCACUGGCUCAGAUGCAGUUGAUGAAGUACUCAGUCAUCUCAUGCAGAACAUCUACUUCACCUGCAGCGAAAUUUCCCGGCUUAAAGCGGUUCGCCUUUGCCAGGCUCUGAUGGAGGCCAAAGUGUUUGAGUCUGUUGGCAUGAAGCUAUUCAGAAAGGAAAAAGAGAUGGUGUUUGAAGACACUAACUGCAGCUUAUACCGGUUCCUGGACUGUGAUGCUCUGCCAUCUUCAGCUAAACGCAAUGUUGAGAAUGUAUCGCCUGACAAGUUUAGUGGCAAGAAAAAGAAAAUUCCAAGGCUAGAAAAAGUAACAACAAUAUCUAAUCCUCUCGCCUUGGAAUCUUCAGAUAAAAGAAUAGAGAAAUUGUUACAGACCAUUAAUCUGCAUCCUUCUCUUCCACCCAAAGUCACAUCAGACCAGCCAUCGAACUUGCUUUCAAAGAAGGUUGUGGAUGAUGUUUGGAAACAGCAGACUCUGUUACAGCUGCUUCAGAUAAUUGAUCUCCCCAUUCUGGACAGUAUCCUGGAGUCUCCUGUGAAGACGGAGCAGCAGACAGUUCCUUUUUGUAACCAUGAUGACCUUGUUAUCUCCAAUACUUGCGUGGACAGAGAGGUCACCCAUUGCCUAAAACUGCCACUGCUUGACGCAUGGCUUUCUGCAGCUAUUGAUUGCCUGGAGUAUUUCCCAGACCAGCUGAUAGUGAUCUCAGGGGAACAUUUAUCUCAGCAGUGUGAAGGUGAAAAGGAGAAGAUGGAUGCACAAAAGAGACUGCUGUUUGACACCAUAGCAAAGUAUUAUAAUCAGGAAAAAGGCCCACUCCUAACAAGCCGCUAUUUUGACAUUCAUACUGGCAUCAUUGAACUUCUAGAGAAGAGGAAGAAUGACCAAUCUCUGGACGCUUCCCAGCUGUGUCUGAGGUUGUUGGAACCGAAUGUGAGAGAUGAACUCCGAAGACUGCUGGCAUUUAUGUCUGUUGCUGCGGAGCCUGAGGGCUACAAACUGCAAAAACAGUACGACAACAGAUCUGUGGUCUGCCGCACCUUUACAAAGGCUAUUGUUCAGAACAAGUCCUUAUCGAAGGCGCAGACUGAUCAGCUUGCCAUGUUUCUAAUGGACAACCACACAGAACUCUUCAAGACUCCCAUACAUCUUAUUGAGACAGUUAGAACGAAGCUUCACUCUCUACAGCGCGGAUGGGAUCCUGAUACUAUAACAACAUUCACUUACUGCCAAAGGUUGACACUGGAGCAAUAUGAAGAGCAGCGGGAGCAAGCAACAUUUAAACAGCUUCAGCAGUUAAUCCAAGAAAUCAGUCAAAAUGCCUCCAUUCCAGUCAAAGAAAGAAAGAGACUAAUGAAAGAAUUUCAGAAACAGCACCCCGUAGUGUUUCUGCAACAUUUCUCUAAUGGCUUUUAGGAUAUUGAAUAACUUGUAAUAGUAAUAGAGAAUCAUUACAGUCAAAAGCUAUUUAAAUAGCAUUCUGUAGGUACUUACUGUAGACUUGAACUAAUCACCUGACUGUAUAAUCCAUAGUUCAUCAGUGCCAAAGAGUAGUGUUUCUGUACUACUUUCCUGUCAAUGGGUAUGCCUGUAGUAUGAGUUUGAUUUUUAUAUGUCUAUCUUGAUGAAAUUAUGUGUUUAUAAUUUGCCUGACUUUUGUACUAUCAUUUUCUAUAGCAAUAAUAACACUUUCCAUUCAGGAAGGCUGUUUAUUUACUAUAGGGUGAGUGGUUAACAGAGUUAACCUGAGAGUAGCAUAAACACUAGCAGAGCCAGAGGCAGUGAAAGCAUGUCAGCUACUCUAUAUGAAUUUUAAAGUCUAUGGACUAAUCAUUUGAAGCAAGUGCACUUGCUAAAUAUGUUUUAAUAGUAUUCAGAAUAAUAGGUCCCUUUGUCAUUGUGGCUUUCAUUUCACAAAAAACAUGGAUCUUCAACUGUUUUAUAAUAAUGAAUGAGUUUUUUUUUUGUUUUCUUUUGAUAAAAAUGUUAUUUGUACUUUUAGCUUUUAGUACUGUAUGGUACAGGCUUUUUGUUAAAACACUUUAUUCUUUAUUAUUAGUUCUUGUUAAUUUAAAAAAAAAAAAAAAAAAAAAAAAAAAAAGUUUUAAAGUCCAAAGAAUUUUCAGUCACUUUAUAGUAGCCCUUGAUCCUGCAGUGAUCAGGAAAAUAAACUGUAACCAGCAACUGCCUUUUUCAUAGCACAGUAGAUAUUACUAAAAGUAAAGUUACUCUCACUGGGGUAUUAUAUAUUUAUAUUAGCUUAUAGGAGAUGUGUCAUACAUGCUUUUAGACAUCUUGUGCACUUGUGUCCACUACAGCUGUGCAAUCUUAAGACUUCAACUAAUGUGUAGCAUCUGGAAAGCCUGAUGAACACACACAGCCUUUUCCAUUUUUACUUUGAUUUAAUUUUUCAUAUCAUUUUUAGUAUUGAUUUCCUUUCAUUUACAAUCUAUCUGCUCAUGUAACAUGACCUGUCUUAAAACAAAGAAACAUGUUAUUUUGAUUAAUCAAUUCAUAUUUUGUUUUUGUUUUUUUCCCAAUUAAUUUAUUAGUUAUAAAUUAAUUUAACAUUUGUAAAAUAAAUGUGGUCAUUUGGCUGCAUGCAUACAAUAUAAUGUUUAUAAUCAGUACAAUAUUUAACAGUCCUGCAUUGUGUUAUCUCAUUUUAUUGGAAAGAUGGAUUUUCUAUCUAGGAAGUAUUGUUUACAAUAAUUCCAAAACCUGAAGCAAAUUCAAAUGUUUGCCUGGAGAAAACAAUGGGAAUAUCGGGUACUGUUCUAACUAUAAAUAGUAGCAAUGUCCAUUGUG